GCGGCGGCCCGACUGUAAAAGCGUGAGAAUUUAAUCGGCCAUCAUGUGGAAGUCCCUGAAAGGCCUGGAUGCGUACCCCAAGACGAUGGAAGAGUUCAAGGUCCGAACGACGCAGGGAGGCAUGAUCUCCGUGAUCGCGAUUGUGCUCAUGGUGGUGCUGGUCAUCUCCGAACUCAACUUCCACCUGACAGUGGACACUGUGGACAAGAUGUAUGUCGACGGCGAGCGCAAUGUGAACAUUAUCAUCAACUUUGACAUUGAAUUCCCAAAAAUGCCGUGUUCGAUCAUCUCCGUGGAGCAUGGCGACAUGCAAGGCCGCGUCCAUUUGGACGUUAUCGACAACAUCCACAAAAUGCGACUCGACCCCAACGGUCAUUCCCUGGGCGAGAUGGUCAAGCACGAGAUGGGGAACUCCCUCAAGCAAGAACACGUCAAGGGACAUGCCGACACAGGCUUUUACUGCGGCAGCUGCUAUGCCGCCGGAAGCCCCGGCGAUUGCUGCAACACCUGUGACGACGUCAAGAAAGCAUACGCGCGCAAGAACUGGGCCAUGCCGAGCAUGCACUCCGUGUCUCAGUGCAUGAACGACGAGCUGGAAGGCAUCUUGAACGGCACGGUGAACGAGGGAUGCCGCGUCUUUGGGCACUUGGUCGUGUCCAAGGUGGCGGGGAAAGUCUACUUUGCGCCGUCGCGCAUCUUUGAAAAUGGGUACUUGCUCGACACGGACAUGCUGGACCUGACGUUUCGAUCGUUCGACAACACGCACCACAUCAAGACGCUGACGUUUGGCCAAGAGUACCCCAACAUGAAGAACCCCUUGAACUCGCGCAAUAAGACGCUUCCGUCAGACCAGCGCGGCGCAUACCAGUACUUUCUCCGGGUCGUGUCGACCGACUACUCGUUCCUCAAUGGCGACGAGAUCAAGUCCAACCAGUACUCGGUCACGGAACACUUUCUGCAGAUGACUCCCACGGGACACAAGGGCCUUCCGCGCGUCUCGUUCGCGUACGAAUUUUCGCCCAUCAAGUUCCGCAUCGAGCAAACCCAGAAUGGACUGUUCCCGUUCUUCACGAGCAUAUGUGCGAUCGUUGGUGGCGUGUUCACGGUGAUGGGUCUCGUGGACUCGGCCAUGCAUCAGCUCUCGACCAAGGCGCUCAAGCAACCGCCCCUGCUUUAACUGACAAAUGAACGAACUUGCAUCAUAUGAUUGAACCCACCACGUAAAAUUUCGGAAAAAACGUGGUCACUGAGUUAAACGUAUAUAGGGUAAAUGAAUAACCUUGAGAGACAGUGCAAA